AGUCACAAGCGGGCUGGUGUCUUCAAGAGUAUGAAGAACAUUUUACAGGAGCACAGAAUCGAUGUUACUGGUCUUCGUGCACAGUGUGAUAUGGACUUCAAGUGCGAGCCACCUACAUUGAACUGCUGCUGCCAUUGGAUUCUCUUUAAUCAGCCAGAUUUUGCAAAGGUCAAAUUCUGCCUUGAAACUCACUGUGAAAAGCAAGGCUUCCGGGCUCUCUUCUUUCCAAAGUUUCAUUGCGAACUCAAUCCGAUUGAGCAGUGUUGGAGGCACAGCAAGCAUGAAUACCGCAUGUAUCCAGAGUCAUCACUCAAGGCCGACUUAGAGUGUAAUGUUGUAAAGGCUCUCAGAACAGUUAGCGUUAUCUCCAUAUGUCGAUUUUUCACCUGUAUGUGGCGCUUCAUAGAUGGAUACAGGUAUGGCCUCACAGGCAAGGUGGUGGCAUAUGCCGAGAAGAAGUACUGUGGCCAUCGAGCUCUUCCCCGCUUGAUCUUGAAGGAACUCGAGCUUGAGGGUCAGCUUGAGGUAGUGGCAUAG